GCCAUGGAAUUGUCUGUAUACUAACAGUUAGGGUUAUGGGUCCCUGGUUUGGAGCCUAACAGAUAUGGAAAGCUAGUCAUCUGCAAGCCAGGAAAUAGUCUCUUCCAGACACUGAAUCUGCAAGUGCCGAGCUUGACCUUGGACCUUUCAGCCUCAAGAACUGGCAUAUAAUUUCUAUUAUGCCUUAAGUCUAUGGCAUUGGUAUGCCAGCCAGAGCAAACGGAGACAUACCUCCACAUAGAUCUUCUCAUCGUGAAGGCUGUGGUGACCCGACAGGAAAUAUGCGAAGGACCGCCCCGCUGCGCAGUCGCAGUGUGUCUCAGCCGCCGCGUUAACGAACACCUGCUCUGCGUCUCGGUAUGAACGCCCGGGUAGCUCGGGCCUGUUGGGCCUGGGGCUCCUGGGGCCGCCGCCCCGCCUCGAGCCUUCGGGAGCCUCCACCGGAUGCCGUGGACGUGGCGGGGCUGCUACGGGACUCCAGUGUGACCGAGGAGGGAGUCCAGGAGGCGGUGGCGCGGCGGCCGCCCUCGCGCUGCUCCGUUCUGCUCUUCCCCGGUCAGGGCAGCCAGGCGGUCGGCAUGGGUGGCGGCCUGCUCCACUUCCCGCGUGUACGGCAGCUCUACGAGGCCGCGCACCGAGUGCUUGGCUACGAUCUGCUGGAACUGUGCCUGCGGGGACCUCAGGAGGAUCUGGACCGCACAGUGCAUUGCCAACCCGCUGUCUUCGUGGCUUCACUGGCCGCCGUGGAGAAGCUACAUCACCUGCAACCGGCGGUCAUCGAGAACUGUGUUGCUGCCGCUGGAUUCAGCGUGGGGGAGUUUGCAGCCCUUGUGUUUGCUGGAGCCAUGGAGUUUGCGGAAGGUCUGUAUGCAGUGAAGGUCCGAGCUGAAGCCAUGCAAGAAGCGUCUGAAGCCGUUCCCAGUGGGAUGCUGUCUGUCCUUGGCCAGCGUCAGUCCAACUUCUCCUUUGCCUGCUUGGAAGCCCAGGAGCACUGCAGGUCUUUGGGUAUAGAGAACCCGGUGUGCCAGGUGUCCAACUACCUCUUUCCUGACUGCAGGGUCAUCUCAGGACACCUUGAGGCCCUUCAGUUUCUCCGGAAGAAUUCCGCUAAGUUUCACUUCAGGCGCACCAAGAUGCUACCUGUAAGUGGUGGCUUCCAUACCUGCCUCAUGGAGCCAGCUGUGGAGCCUCUGAUGAAAACUCUAGGCUCAAUCAACAUCAAGAAGCCACUGGUUGCCGUCCAUUCCAACGUCAGUGGGCAUAAAUACACACAUCCACAACACAUCCGAAAGCUGCUAGGGCAGCAGGUGGUGUCACCAGUGAAGUGGGAACAGACGAUGCACUGUAUAUACGAGCGGAAGAAGGGCAUGGAGUUCCCCAGCACCUUUGAGGUGGGCCCGGGGCAGCAGCUGGGGAGUAUCCUCAAGUGCUGCAACAGGCAGGCAUGGAAGUCCUACAGCCACGUGGAUGUGAUGCAGACCCUUUUGGACCCUGACCACUGAGAGCCUUGAGUGCAGUAGCCCUGGGCUGAGCCUCUGUGUCUGCCUCUUUUCCUCAGACUUAAGGACAGUGGACAUUGCAGUCUCAGCUGUGGCUAAGGCUCCCUCAGAAAAUAACCUUUGAGUGCCAAUGUGUGAUGUAACCGAUCCUCCAACUGACAGGAUAUCUGGCUGCUGAGGGAAAGAGCGCCUGUGCAGACAUCUGCCCAGCCAGGAUGCUGCUCUGCUUCUGUACCCAACCACGCUCCUCAGUGAAUCCAGAAGGGCUAGCCUGGGGCACUCUUCAACUUACCCUGUGGGUGCUGUGGACAUGCUGCUUGGCUUCAAGCCAGGCCUGGUGCCAGAGGAGCUUGUCAGCCUCCUGUGACAUGCUGCCCACCCAGGGCCGAGACCUUAGCUCCUUUGGCCUUGAAUCUGUUGGGUGGUCCUGUUCUUUGCUCCCUUGGCAGGUAGGAGAUUGAGUCCCAUGUGCCACACUUAUCCAGGACGCACAUGUUAAGUGCCUGUGUGUGCCCUAGAGUGGGUGGUCCUUAGAAUGGUGUAAGGUGUGGGGUGUCUAGGCAGGAGGGAAGGCUGGGGACCCUGGCCUUCCUAGCCUAGCCCCAGUUCAUCCACACAGAGAAGCCACCCCCACUGAGUCAUCCAUGGGCUUCCCUCAGAGCAGUCUGCCCCACAGUAGGAGUGGAUGAAGCUCCUGGGAAGACAUAAUAAACAUGAGCUGUUCUAAGCUGA